GAGAAAACAGCCCUUGGUGUGAGAAUGCACGGACUCUAUUUUGUCCACGGUUUCCUGUAACUGGCAUUUUAUUUUGUAAGUACAAAUAUUGUAUAAUAUAAAUGCUAAACGUGUCAAUCAUAAGAAUUGCUCAGAGGUCGUUACCAAUAAUAAUUAACCCAUGUCAAAAACACCAGCGUUUACUGAUUUUAACCAAAUCAGUCAACGCUGGCGUGUUGCUAUUUUCACGCCAGGCAGUCAUAUAGGAGAUGGAUCAAUACUUCGUAAUAUUUUAGUUCGAAAACAAUUGAACGAUUCAGUGACGGUUCUUGAUAUUGUUCAUUCCAAGUGGCCGUAAAAGAUGAGUUGCUGUCCGGACUCUGUGCCCGUGGAGACCCGACCUGGUACAGCACGAGUCCAAGUGACUGAGCUGGGGGAAUCAGGCAGCAACAACCCAACUCCUACCAAGAAGCCAUGUGAGGGCUCGGAUACAGCAGUGGAUGUUUACAUCACUCCAGAAAAACUGGUAAUUUAGCUAAAAGUCAAGAGUCAUCCCACCUAUAGGGGAGAGUGGGGUAAGUUGAGCCAAAGGGUAAGUUGAGCCACCCCCUGUUGCUUGGAAAUGGUAAAAAAAAAAAAAAAAAAAAAAAAAAAUUGAUCCUGUGACCAAAUAUUUAGGAGGGAUACGGCUCAACUUACCCCACUCCUUUGGUCAACUUACCCUGUGUAUGGGGUAAGUUGACCAUAGGAGACCACCUUUUUUUGGCAUGCUAUAUUAUCGAGACAGUUAUGUUUACACUCAUUCUGUUGGUUUGCAGUUUGGAAAUAUAUGCAGAUACACUAGUUAGAGACAAAACUAUGAUUGCCUUGAUGUAGUGAAUCCAAAAUAUGAAAAAACUGGCUCAUCUUACCCCACUCUCCCCUACGCUGUGUUCUCCCUUUCUUUGUUUUCAUUGUAUUUUGUGUGUUCGUGCACCCUCUCCUUAUUUAUCAAAUUAAAAAGGCAACCCACACUGUAGAUUUUUGAGUGAAUCUAAACUGAAAGAAAAACGACUUCUUUUAGAUGUGACAGAAUAAGUUGUAAGUGGGUUUCUGUUGUUUUCUGUCCCUCACAGGAGUGGUUGUGUGGUACUCAGGACCUCUCUCAUGUGACCUCGCUGGAGAUCUGCGUAGACACACGAGAAUGCACACUCGGUAACUUUGGUGAGAUAAACAGAAAAUCUUGGCUCAAACAGUUUUUUGUCUUUUCAUUGUUAUAGGUUGUUAUUGUUUCGAUUUAACAUCACAGAUUCAUUCACAAACUCUCAAUACCCUUAAAUCCUAAUUUAUACAACUGAGAGAGACAGAUUUCUAACCAGCAGAAGACAAUAAUUCAUAGCUGAUGCUUACUACAGAGACAAUUACAAUCAAGAAUUCCAUAACACAGAAUGAACAAAGAAAUCACUAUGACACACCAAACAUAUCAGUACUAAUUUUCCUGUCAGGUGUGCCAACCUUAACUCAUGAUGACAGAGCUGAUAAUCAUGGAGGAACAUUUCAUUCUCCCCUUUGUACUUAGAUCAUUCUAGAUUGCAAAACAUGUGCAGGCAUGAAAGAGCAGUGUCCAUACAUGUGUGAUUCAGACUCAGUCACUGAAGGUGCUCUUCAUUGCAACCAACUGAGCUUAAACACAUCAGUUGCAUAAAUUUGUGUGAGGUGAAUUUUGAAUCGAGUAGUGAGGUUAGUGUUAACCCAUUACAAAUCCCCUUCUUGGUAGAGGACAGCAAUAAGAAUUUGUUUUGUUUAUCUGAUUCGUUUGUAGGUGUCUACUUGCCCAAACUGGUGCAGCUGAAAAUGAACAACAGUAGGAUUAUGUCAGUAAGGUGAGCAUGAAGUUACAUAACACCAACACAAUUUCCUUUUUUUUUUCUGUCAAAGAGAACACUCACACUCCUAUCACCUUCACAUUAUCUCAUGGAGUAUUUCAGAUUCUCAAGAAGCUUACAUCUCCAACAGAUCAAGUAAGGAACAAUGACAUUUAGUGUUAACCAAAAUCAAAUAUAUGAUAAAAAUAACUUUAUUUUUAUAGCACAAAACAAAAAGCCCAAUUAAAACAAGGCCUCAGAAUUGAAGGCCAUUUUCAUAUGGCAUAAGGAACCCAGACAAUACAAGAACCCUGUAACAUAAAAUGAGACCAUGAGGACCAGAAUAAAAACAUAAAAUAUAUAAGUAUAAAAUGAUAGUAAAGCCGAAAGUAUAUGAUAUAUGAUACUAGUAUAUGAUAUAUAAAACCAGGCACAAACUAGUAUAUGAUACUAGUUUGUGCCUGUUAUCAUUCACCCAUGCUAUAUUCGGCCUGGGUUUAUAAAGAAAGCAAGCGUGUCUUCCUUUAAAGAGGAUUGUAACCCGAGCUUUUGAGCAGCAGUGAACUCAUGGGGAUUUUUGCUAUGCCUCACAGUGAUCACAUGUGCAAGAAUAUACACUCUCAAAUCAAGAGUCCCUGGAAGCUACAAAGAGGCAGUGCUUUGAAGCAGAAUAGCAGGUCAAAGGUCAUGGGUAUGUGCAUCUGAUGAAGAGUGUUGUAACAGUGCAGGUGUAGCUCUCUGUUGUGCUCCUGCCAAGAUUUCCUUGUGGGAACUCAUGAGGCGGUGUUUCUGUGAGUAAGCUGGAGGUUGCUGCUCGUAAACCAACAAAUGUGGUGUUCAGUGCAGUUGCAAGGAUAGAAAGAAGAGGUUCUCCCAUCCGUCUCAUAUGAGGGCAUAGAGAUUUGGUAGAUAAAAAUUUAAUUGCAAGGUUUAGAUUAUAAUUUUUAAACUGUAAUCAUUGUAGGAAUAAAGACAGAACUACUCUGCAUUGUUUCAGUGUCCUACUCACAUGUUUGCAGCCACAACCGUGUCAUCAAAAUCCCAUGAAAGAAGCAAUAAAACCUCCAGGAUAAGACUUACACAUACACACACUGCAAACUGGACUCACACAGAGAAAACUUACCAAGUCAAUACAGAGAAUAAAGUAGUACAAAUAGACAGAUAGGAUGCUGUCUGCUCCACCCUGAGAGCAGCAGAGCAGGGCCAGCCGGACGUGCACUGCCUCUGAUAGCAUUUCCUGCUCAGGGCUGUGGGAGCUCCAGCAAAGAGGGUGUUACAGGGUUGUUGAAACACUGAGUCCCUCCUGGAAGGGUCAGAGCAGGGGAUGCUGAAGAGACAAUUUGGCUUCAGAGGAGAAGCCUGCAUAUUGAGGAAUUGUAAAGAAUUUCCAGCUUUGGUAGUCAAGGGAUUAGUUGUGUAACUUCACGAACUGCCUCUAAAUGGAUUUUGUGAAAUUUUGUCUCCGCAGAGACCUGGGAACCACCCUCUCCCACCUGCAAGUGCUGCAUAUGUCAUGCUGCUCCCUGAAAGAUUUGGAUGGUAUCUCUAUUUUCUCUGCUCUCAAGGUAAAGUUUAACAUGACUUAUGAAUGAAGGAGUGCAACAAAGAAACAUUUGAAUCAUAUUUAUUUGCACACUGACAAAAUUUGGAUUUUACCCUGAUAACUCAAUUUAAAGGGAUAUUCCAGCAUAAAAAUGAAGUUAGGGUUAAACACACCGUAACACCAAGUUAGACACCCCCUUGAGAGAUUAAUGUUGCUUACUGCUUGCUUCUCUAGCUAUACCAACUUUAGUAAUGACUGCACGAUAGCAAUACACAGCAGUCUAUGUCUCCACGCGCAAACCUCAACCAAAUAGCCACUCUAUAGCCACAAAUAAUGCUCAGAACAGUACCUAACUUCAUCAACAGUACAUAUAGGGCCCCAGCCAUAGUACCAGGUACCAAACAUCUUUUUAGCUUUGCCUGUUUUUUUUUUCAGCAAAGAGACUAAACACAACUCACCCACUCUCCUCCAGCAGCUGCUUGUUUGUGGGGGAGCCCUGACGAGUCGAUCACUGCAUGCAGCGGAGUUUCGCAUCUCAAGGAAGAACAUUUAUGAUCAUUACUCCAUGGAAAUGCAAUCAGACUGAGACACUAAGAAAGAAGAACUACCGCGUCUGCAGCGCAAAAUGAUUAUUAUGAUGAUUAUUACUUCAAGAAAAUGAUCCGCUGCACUCUGUGAUCGACUCAUCAGGGCUCCCUCACAAGCAAGCGGCUGCUGGAAGAGAGUGGGUGAGUUGUGUUUAGUCUAUUUGCAAUAGAGUGUCUUUUUGGUUGAGGUUUGCUAGUGGCUCCUGAGACUACUGUGUAUUGCUAUCGUGCGGUCGUUGCUGAAGUUGGUAUAACUAGAGAAGCAAGAAGUUGGCAACAUUCAUCUCUUGAGGGGGUGUCUAACUUGGUGCUAUGGUGUGUUUGAUCAUAACUUAAUUUUACACCGGAAUAUCCCUUUAAACACAGUUACUUAACACAAAGAUAUUCAUGUUAGUUUAUCAGAGUUCCCGUUCCCUUUUAUUUUCUCAUAGCCCCGGUCCUGUUGGUGUUGUAAGAGACCAUAUUACCUGUCUAACUUUUCCAAUGUGUCCAAUAUGUUUCAAUUUUCGUCCCACAUCAUUUGAUUCUGUUUGUGUUUUAUUAGUCCUCUAUCUGAAAGUUUAUCCUUUUGUCUAAACUCUUUUCUUGUCCCCCUGUUACAAACUUGCAUGUUCAUCCGUUUUGUUUCAGGAGUUGCAUGUGGACUUUAACUAUCUAUCAGACCUCAGUCCAGUUGCAAUGCUGGAGAACCUGCAGCUGUUAGAUCUUGAAGGAAACCAAGUGGAUGAUCUAGCCCAGGUUCAGUAUCUGGGGUUGUGUGGCAAACUUCAGUCACUCACCUUAGAGGGAAAUGCUCUUUGUUUUUGCCACAACCCUACUGCCUCACAGGUAAAGUAAAGUUCUGCUAAAGUUGUUUUUACCACAAUACUCAAUGUUAUAUACAUUUUUCACCAACUGAAAAGAGAGAUUGGAAAGUAAUUUGACAACAUAAAUUGAUUUUUCUUCCAGCUUUUCUUGCAUUUGAACUGUCUUUCUGUCCUUGUCAGGCUCUCAGUCCACUAUGACUCUGCAGACACAGAUAUUUGACAAAUAAGCAUUUUUCAAAGGAAGUGUAGUGCAACUGGAGACAUCAGGAAGGGUCAUAAUAAGCUUUGAAAGUCAUGUAUCUGCCUGGGCUAUGCGUAGCACACACAAUUAUUAAUUAUAAACUGUUGAAUCACCAUCCAAGCACAGUUAAGUACUUACGACAAAAAAGAAGCAAGUGAGUGGGUGGGUAUGCAACAUUUUUGGAGCCAUAAUGUUGCUUUGCUGAUCCGUGAUCCUGUCUUCAAUGACUUUUGUCUGGUUGUCAAUGGUUUUGCUGGGUUUUGGAUCACUUUGGCACUGUGUUUGAACACCAGUAGGCUAUAUAAGGGGCUGUCUCACCUGCACUGGGGUGAAGAGAUGAGCAUAACUAGACGUAAUUUUUGUUUACCACAUAUUUUUAUAUAUAUUUUAUAUUCUUUGUUUGUAAUGAUACACACCACAAAGUGUACACAUAUAACAUCUGAUGUGCGUGUGUAAAUCACUGGCCACUGUAGAAGUCUUUCUUUCUGCCAUUAUAGCUCCGAAACCUCGCUGAGCUGUGGGUGGUUUUUUGGAACAGCAGCGGCGUGCCACACAAAUAUACAGGACCUAUUCUCUGUCUAAAGGGACUUUUUUAAGGUACUUGGAAAGCUACAAUAGAAUGUAAAGAUCAGACUCUUUUCCAGAUUGAGAAAAAAAAAAACAGUGCAAUGCAGCAAAGUACAGCUAAAAUUGUGGAUUAUUGCCACCUGAAGCAGCUGAUACUAAGUUGUGCAAAGACAAAGGUCACAACAAUUAAGUAGGAGGGGGAUAAAAAAUCACAGCUGGAAAUAAGGCUAAGCUUGAGCAUGGAGCUUGGCAAAGUGGUGUGUUCUGCUGUUUUUCGAAGUGGUGACACUUCUUUGGCUGCGCAGUCAAAUCAGAGGAGUGUUGUUUUAUGGCUGUGUAUGCUCUUUAUGUGAGUCUUAAACAACAGGAAGCACAGUGGGAGAGGAGGAGUCAUCAAACUAAUCAAACAUAACAACCAUAUGUUUGACUGACACUCUCACAUGUUUUUCAUUACAUUAGAGUAAAUUUAAAAACAUAAGAAUAAGGCCGCUCACUAAAGUCUGAUUCAGACUGGAUCCAGAGACACUCAGUGUAGCUGGAUUAUAUUGUCCUUGUAGAAGCUGCAUCUCUACCUUUUGCUGAUUCAGAACACAGUGUUCUGUAAGUUUUGAGGCCCCUGUGAAUGUGCUUAUUUACACCCACCAGCAGAGCAUUAAUUAGGAAACUGGGGCAAUGAGUGGAGACGCUGAGCUGAAUAUGCAUUAGGCCUGUGCUUUGUAGUGACUGGGGGCUUCUUGGGUUUGCUCUCUUGCCAAACUAUCACUCCUCCUGCUCUCUUGCUUUCCAUCACAAACACACAUCCGUUCACUUCCUCUCACCCAGACCUCAUUCUCCUCCUCUUUUCUCUUCCCUUUCCUCCCUGCCAGCCCUUCACUGGCUUUUUCAUUCAUUGGAUCUGUGUGGUUUGUUGAAGGGGCCAUAGUGCCAGGCUCAAAUUUGAUUGCUAAGUAGUUUGGCAAGUUGCUGGACUCUCCCUGCUCUCUCUGCCUCUCCAUGUGCUGAUCAACACCCAGUCCUAAAUAGAAAAUGUCCACUGCAGACUUUGAUCGUACUUUUUAUUUAUUUAUCUGCAUAAUAACUUAAUGUCUUUUCCCUGCUUCUUUGAUCCAAAAAGGCACUGAUACAUGUGAUAAAAUCCUAUAUCGUGUGGGUAAGGUGUAUCAGUAUUAAUUUGGCUCAUUUUUCCUUUUCUCCUUCCCAAAACCUUCUUCCCAGAUGGUAAACUAUAGUUAUCGAGCUGCAGUGAGGGAGAUGAUCCCUCAGCUGCGUUUCCUUGACAAUGUUCGGGUGGAGGAGGAGGGAUGUAGUUACACCAGCACCAUCGGAAAAGACUGGGCAGUUCUCCGAGACUCCAUCAGAAACUUCAAUUCCUCUCAAGUUGCUCCUGAAGACGGUGUGUGUACACACAGAUGAUGUUCUGAGUCAACCAGUGUCACACAGCCAUGUAUUUAUCAUGUAUCUCUCUUUGUUUUUUUCUUCACUUUGUAGAGGAAACAGUGAACAGUGCAGGUGCUCACAGCAAAAACAGCUUAGCCAAACGCCCAAAUUCCGGCCUCUCCUGUACUCGCCCCCUGUCAUUAACAAGCCCCAGGCCCCUCUCUGGCUCCAGACCCAUGUCAGCGAACACACCUGGAGUCCUUUCCCCUCCUGGAUCAAGCCGGGGCUCUUCAGACUCAGAUCUAUCGACGGUGGAUACAGAAACCAGCAGUCUGACUCAUGGUCAGGCACUUCGCCAUGAAAUCCAUUUCCUUCUCUACAUUUGGUUUUACUGCUUUAUUAAUUCCCUUCUUAUAAGCAUCACCCAUAAGCUUUACUCAACAGUGCCCCCCAGAGGACCUCUUUGGUGUCAGAGAUCAGUUUGCAUAAUUGAAAUCUUUUUUUUUUGCUUUGAUUUUUGAAGGAGCCGGCAAAAUCUUGUUCUGUGGAAACCCAGUCCAAGCAAUCCGAGCGAGGCGAGAAAAACUGAAGGUUGGUAUUCUGCGUUGGAAGAGAACUGCACUAAAUUUCUUCAUUUAGAUAAGAAAACAUCAAAUUUUCAGAAAAGAAAUUACUUUGGAUGCUAAUGCUGCUUUAGUAGCAAGGUCUUAAAAAAGACCACAUAAAACCAGCAUGUCAUGUUAGUAUGAACAGAGUGCUGCUGCCACUCUGUGUGUUCCUCUUACUUUGCCCUCCUAAUCUUCCUUCUCUCAGACUCUUGUGUCCAUCCAUAAUUUAUCUUCUCAUCUCGCAGACCAUUAAUCUGUAAAGUUUUCUAGUUUCCUCUCCUACCCUUCAUACUCCAUUCCCUGUCUGCUCCCUCCCAUAGACGGCACCCACGAGGUCUGCUUUCAGUCCUCGCAACCUGCCUAUUCAUGUACCGGAACACACCUAUGACCUAGAGGAGCCAGAUGUGGGAAAGUGUGAUGAUGUGUUUGCUGAGCUGAGAGCCUGGAGGGAGCAGCAUGGCAGGUGCUAACUUCUUACACACCUGAACCUGUUUUUUUCCUGGAAACACAAUACUGGAAACUUCGUAGGUUUCAUUUAGAUAGGUAGAUACAGAAAAUGUAGGUAGGUUAAUCCAGUAAUGACUUAUUGGACUCAUCAUAACCACAAAAUGCUUACUGUACUGGUGGGCAUUUUUUUGUUUCAAGAGCAGAUAUUUGUAAACAAAAUAUGACUGAAAUCUGACAAAUGCAUUGUUUUUUUCAGGCGUCUCCAAGCUAUAAAGACAGAGAGAGGACCACAGAUUCUAUCUAUCCAGUACAGUGAUGAAGAAGAAGAGGGGUAUGAUGAUGAUGACGACAAUGAUGAUGAAGAGGAAAAUGGCUCUGAUGAUAAAAUGAGCUGCAGCAGUGACAAAGAGUCUAGACGGGGGGCAUCUAGAGACAGCCUGGUGACUACCUCUUCAGGUUCCUUGCUCCAGUCUCCUUCUCCAGGUAAGUAGUUAUUGAAUGAAUGAAAACACAGCUUUUUUUUAAAAAAGGAAUUCAUACAACAUCAUCAAAACCCACAAAAGAUCAAGUUACUAAACAAAUUCUUUUGCUUGUAUUUGGUUUGUAGAUCAGUAUCAUAGAGGAGGUUUAUCCCCUGAAGUGGCUCGGUUGUCUUUGUCCCCAGAUGCAACACCUUCCCCUUCACCACCUCUCAGUGCCACAGCAGCUUCUUGCAAUCAGAAGCCAAUAGGGACCCGUGCACGUAGGCUUCGACUUAGCCAGACCAGUCUGAGGGAAAAUUUACCUCAUUUCAGUAGAGUAGGAGGUUUGUCUGGAACAUUUUCAUCUGCAGAAGAAACGGACCUUACACCUGAGGGCUUCCAGAAGUUAACCAGGACAGAUUUGACACUGUUGCCCGCUCCGUCACUCAAACCCCACCCACCUCCAGCAACUGCUCUUGGUGAAAGGCUCACAGGUUUAUGGUAAGGCUUUGAUAACUAUAAGUUUUAUAAAUAAAUGAAAACAAAACUGAGUUUGUAGUGGCUUUAACUGAUUAAUCUAAUUCAGAUUUUUAAUAAAUCAAUUAAUCCGACCUUUUUGACUUAGUGUACCAGGAUACUGUUUUUGAUUUCCUCAUGUAUUUGUAGACAGUGUGUCCCUUUACUUAAUGGUAAUUCACGUCAUCUUUUGAAGUUAAUAUUGUUGUGUUUUCUGAUCUGUUCUUGUGUAAAAUUUUCCUUGUGUUUUGCACAUUAGGGCCACAAUAUAAAUUCAUUUUAUAAUGCAUCUUAACCAAAUCAAACUUAAUAGUUCUUGACUGAGAUAUUUUCUUUUUUGCACAGUGCAGAGAUGGACUGGACUAGUGCACAGUCUGGCAGCCAUCUUCACACUUCCACUAAAUGCAAAGUCCUGGAUAGACCAAAGAUAACCCGCCCUCACACAGCCAGAGCAGCUCUACAGAAACAUCAGCAGCACCACAGGCACCAGCCCUGCAGAGGGAGCUCACACCCCAACUGACACCAGAGUGGCUUAAUAUUUGUAAUAUUCGGCUGCCUGGCCAAUGAUCUGUGUGAUCUACAGCUUUGAGGACCUACGGAUGUUCAGUUCAGACAACUUUAUUUAUCCCACAGGGGGGCAAUUCAUUUGUGGCUCUCCAGUGCAUAUUCAUUCAUUUAUACAGUCAGUCAAUAGCAUACAUAAAUAAUCAAUCAGUCAGUCAAGUAAACAUGUUUAAGCAUGGGACAGAGGGAGAUGUCAGGACUUUACAAGUAGCCUACGUAUACUAAACGUAGAGCAAGAUAAAACAAGAUAGGAUAAAAUAUUAAAAAAAAAACAAGUGAGGUAAAAACAA